AUGGAUUUCUUCCAAACGAUCGAAGAUCCACGUCAUACACCUGGAAAACGACACGGUUACGCAAAAGAGCAAUUAUCACCUCAAACAUUCUCCAAUAACAAUCAAAAAUUCCUAAUUAGAAAUUUUAUCACCACUCCACCUGUUGUUAAGCCACAAAAUCACUUUACAAGCUAUAGUAUUAAUAGAGCUGAUAAAUUUUAUCAAAUCAAGCAACAGAAACAGGAACACAGCAACUAUAGGUCACUUUAUCCAUCUCAGAAAUCUGCAUUUUUUGCAUACAGAAGACCACCGAAUCAGAAACCGCCGAAAAUACAGAUCGAACCACCAUCCAUCAUCGAUGAUUUACCAAAUGAUGGAAUUCUGAGACCAAAGCCAAGAUAUGUAACAACUGUCAGCCAAAGUUAUAAUAAAAACACGACAGACGUUGUAAGGAUCCAAUUUUGCAAAAAUAGCAAUAGUGGUAAAACACAAAUAAUAGGAAUAGACAGAACUGACAGCAGAGAAGAAGAUACAAUAGCGCAACAACAACAAACAAAAGUAGCUUGUUCAGAGUUGGGAUCCAGAGAGUCGCCAAUGAUAGUGGAAAAGAAAGUGGAAGAUUUACCGCGAUUGAAAAAUUUUAAAAAUAUUUUAAAUAAAUUCCAGAUAGCAAGUGAUCAUGCAUUGCAACAACAACAGCAACGAGAACGAAUUCGAUGUAAUGCAAGUGAUUAUAAAUCGGAUCAAAGAAUCAACAUUCCAAACUGGGAGAAAUCAAUCGAAACUACAUAUUCCGAACAUGACUACAAAUUGACGAAGAAUAAAUCUCAGUAUUUACGGGCAUUUACGAUAUCUGUACCAACCGAUGGGAAAAAUAAUCGUGACAGCUUACCGAAACAAUGGAUUACGCAGGUAAAUGAUACACACAUGGACAUGGACAUGGAACAACGAUCACCAACAAUGUCUGGAAUAUCAUCUAUAUCACAAUCAUCACCAUUAUCAUCAGCUCAUAAGCCGCCAAAUAGAACGAACAGUCUAAAAUUGGUAAGUAUGAAACAACAACGAGCAUCCUUCGAUAAUUGUUUCCAUCGAAAUGAACCAAUGAUACGUCAAUUUCGAUAUAAUCAAAAUGUCAACCGUUCUAGAUCGAUUUCAGAAAUUGAGGGACAAAGGAAUCCAACUGGUUGCAUUAUCGGAUGUAGUUCAACGCAAAGCUGCAAGGACUUCGCACCACUGGCGCAAAUGUCAAUGUCAUCACACUCCCCAUUAAUACCACCAUUGGAAUCACGAAGAGUGAAGCGAAGUAUCAGCAGCAAAACGAAAGAAGAUGAUUCCACGAUGCCUGUUAUCGGACUCUAUAAGCAGGCUGAACCCGUAGGCACCCAUUCCAUUCCAAUGAAAUCUGACCUUUCGGUUGGAAACAUAUGGAAUCCACCAAUACUUACAGAAAUUAAAGCACAACAAAAUGAGGAGCAACGCAUACUCCAAGGCACUCUACGACAUCAAAAUAGUCAAAAAUAUCGCUUCCUGAUUAUACCACGAUAUAAUUUGCUGACAUUCAGAUCAUUUGCUGCUAAUCACCGACAAGAUGUCAAUGAAGAAUAUGAACAGAUGGUAUGCUUCAUUUUGCUACAAAUUCUCUGUGCAUUAAAAUCAUUUCAAUUGAACGGUAUUGAAUCGAUCAGCGAUGAUUUAAGUGAAUUUAUCCUGCUAUGCAGAUGCACUCGAACAAAUCCUAAAAUUGAUAAUACGGAUUAUUUACCAAGAAUUCUGCUACUUCAAGAACCACUUAAAAUGACGAAUAAGAAGCCCAUCAUAGGAUUAUGUAAUUAUGGCUUGAAAAUACUUUCAACAAUGUUGAAUUCAAACCGUAAUUCGCCAACAAAUUUUACAUCUCCCAUUCAGGAAUGCGCUAGAGCACUGCAACAAGACAAAUCCAAUUCAUUAACAGAAGCAAAAAAUGCUCUAGAAUUUGGCAUGUUUGUCGGUGAUGAUAUUUCCUCAUUCAGCGAUGAAGAAGAUAUACAAGCUUGGAUUGACUCAAAAAGAGCCGACUAUGUUAAUUACUUGUUUCGUGAAGUGAUUGAUGGUUCAUGCUCGCUAAAUGAAGUAUAUGAGCGGUUGCGCCUGCAGUUCUUGCUCUCCAUAACACCACGAACCCUGUUGAAAAUAUUUGAAAAUAUCAAAUCCUCCAAAUUUUUAGAUAAAACUCCGUUCUAUGUUUAA